GUCGUUCUUUGUGGCUUCUUGAAACAAAGACACAGCCGAGGUUCCUUGGCGCGUACUACGGGAUAAUAUCCCCAUCGGACAAGGAGAAAGAUGGUGGCUCAGUCUCUGCUGCACUCUGCCUCUUUGGCCGGAAUCCGCUGCUUCACUCCCCCCACAGAUAAAUGGAGUAACAUUUGCAGAUUGAUUUCUUCACAUAAUAAACACCCAAUGGAAACCAAGGCCACCCAGAGUUCAUCAGUUGCUUCUUCUACGACGUCGUUUGGGAGCUCGAAGAAGACGGUGUGGGUUUGGACGGAGAGCAAGCAGGUCAUGACGGCCGCCGUGGAGAGAGGCUGGAACACCUUCCUGUUUCAGAGUCAGAAACUCGCCGAUGACUGGUCUUCAAUUGCGUUGAUAGAUCCUCUUUUGAUCAAAGAGGGAGGGAUUUUCGAUAGCGAGAACUCGAGAGUUGCUACAGUUGUUGAGGUUUCCAAUCCCAAAGAGUUGGAAGAGCUUCAACCCGAAAACGGGGUGGCUGAGAAUGUUGUCGUUGAUUUGCUAGAUUGGCAGGUGAUACCGGCGGAGAAUAUAGUUGCAGCAUUUCAAGGGAGUCAGAAAACAGUGUUUGCCGUCUCGAAAACCCCUGUCGAAGCACAAGUCUUCUUUGAGGCUCUCGAGCAUGGUCUGGGUGGAGUUGUUUUGAAAGUUGAGGAUGUUCAAGCAGUUCUUGACCUAAAGGACUAUUUUGACAGAAGAGACGAAGUGGGCAACAUAUUGAGUUUGACCAAAGCCAUUGUAACUGGAGUCCAAGUAGCUGGAAUGGGGGAUCGGGUUUGUGUUGAUCUCUGUAGUCUCAUGAGACCUGGUGAAGGACUGCUUGUUGGAUCCUUUGCCAGAGGACUAUUCCUGGUUCAUUCAGAAUGCUUGGAGUCAAAUUACAUCGCCAGCAGACCUUUCCGUGUCAAUGCGGGACCUGUACAUGCCUAUGUUGCUGUUCCAGGAGGAAAAACAAGCUACCUCUCGGAGUUGAAAGCAGGAAAAGAGGUGAUUCUGGUUGAUCAGAAAGGUCGUCAACGACCAGCAAUUGUUGGACGUGUAAAGAUAGAGACGAGACCACUAAUCCUUGUGGAGGCAAAGAGGAGUUUGGAUGAUCAAACAAUCUACAGUAUCCUUGUACAAAAUGCAGAAACAGUUGCCUUAGUGUGUCCCAAAAAAGAAAAUGAAGGGCAAAAAACUGCAAUCCCUGUGACUUCACUUAAAGUCGGAGAUGAAAUUAUGCUCAGAUUACAGGGAGGAGCCCGGCAUACGGGAAUUGAAAUUCAAGAAUUCAUUGUGGAGAAAUAAGAAAGGGAGAUCUUGAACUCGUGGAGAAUUGAUGGAGUUGAGAUGCAAAUGUGUGUGGCCAUAGCAAACUACAAAACAUCUUGAACUCGUCAGCCAUGUAACUGUUCCAUUCUGAAUCUCUUUGGCUGUCUAAUUUUUGGUAGAUAAAUCUGUUAGAGCUGACUAAAAAAGGCAAGUGUAUAAUUUGGUUGCCUGAUGUAUGAUUGUAUGUAUUUUGAUUUUUGAGGAAGUACCUUAUUAUAACUAUUUCGAUCAAUGAAAAAACAGUGGGUAGCCAAAUUUUUCUCCC